AGGGGGACGAACAUGGUAAUCUACCAUCGCCUGAGAGCUAACCGUGAGGAGGGGAGAAAAAAACCGCAGAAACAAAGUUUGGACGAGAGAGGGCUGUUUUAAGCCGAGCCAAGUGUUUCGACAGAGACGGACGGGCGCUCGUCGGGCUCUUUGCCCCACUUUUGGAUUACGCUAUGGACGCUUUGAAAUCCGCUGGAAGGGCAAUUAUACGGAGCCCCAGUAUCGCCAAACAGUCGUGGGGUGCGGGAAGACACAAAAAGCUUCCAGAGAACUGGACGGACACGAGGGAGACCCUACUGGAGGGCAUGGUGUUCCAGCUCAAGUACCUGGGAGUCACGAUGGUUGAGCAGCCCAAAGGAGAGGAGCUGUCUGCAGCUGCUGUCAAGAGGAUAGUGGCCACGGCCAAAGCAAGUGGAAAAAAACUCCAGAAAGUCACGUUAACAGUCUCCCCACGAGGAAUCAUCCUUUAUGACAGUGCCUCCAACCAGAUGAUAGAAAACAUCUCCAUCUACAGAAUAUCAUAUUGCACGGCAGACAAGAUGCAUGACAAAGUGUUUGCCUACAUUGUCCAGAGCCAACACAAUGAGACUCUCGAGUGUCAUGCUUUCCUCUGUACUAAGAAAAAAAUGGCCCAGGCGGUAACCCUAACGGUGGCUCAGGCUUUCAGAGUGGCGUUUGAAUUCUGGCAGGCUGCCAAGGAAGAGAAAGAGAAGCGAGGGAAGACGGGUUCAGACGGGGAAGGAGCCAGCAACUCUCAGUCAGAGAGCUCGGCCAGCCUGGGCAGCCUGAAGGGAGGAGAGGUAGCCACGGGGAAACUUCUGGACUUGGCCGAGGGAGCCAACGUGGCACAGGUCCACUCAGGAACAAAGCAGACUGAAUCGGAUCCCUUUAUGGUGCAUAAUCAUGCAACAGAGAACAACAAUACCGUAUGGGAGUUGGAGGACGGUCUGGACGAGGCUUUCUCAAGACUCGCUGAGUCUCGCACUAACCCCCAGGUCCUGGACAUUGGGGUAAACCCUCAGGACUUCAACACUGAAGAGUGCCUGUCCCCGGGCAAAUGGGACCAAGAGGACACAGACUUCACUGCACAAAAAGACACUUUUGGGUGCUAGUGUGAAGUCUCUGCCAAGACGGGAAAAGCAGGGAAAGACUAGGAGAAAUGGUGGUAAAAGAGGAAAAGUAACAAAACAGACAUUUGUGACAUCAGUAUGGUUUCCCACCCUCUCUCUGCUGCCAAGUCCUCUCAGUGGUGCAGUCUAGUGGCUCACUGAUGCUUCUGCAUCUACACGACCCGAGAAGGACGACAUGAGCAGGCUGCUCACAGAACAGGCCAAAGCAAUACAAACCAAUUUCUCCCUUUUCUAUUGAAAAAACAUGCAGUUACCUAAUGUUUGUUACAGUCAGUGUAUCACUUCCUUUUUUUUGUCUGUUUACCCAUUCACUAUUUGCAAUGUGUUUGUGGUAUUUGCUUGUGUACAUUGUGCACAGAAAGUGUGCGUGUGUGUGUGUGUGUGUGUGUGCGCGCAGUAUCUAAAUGUACAAACUGGUAUAUGAGAAUCAUGAGAAGUUAAGUGAGUUAAAGGUCAACGAGGGUGCUGUCAAAUAUUUUAUUUACCUAGAGAUGGAGAAAAGUAACAGGUUUAGAGGCUACAACUCAUCGGUAAAGGCCAGCGACACACCAGUUCUAAUAUUCUGAAAAACAAUUAAGUUACCACCUAUGUGCGUUAGGCAACAAAAGCUUUAAAAAAAAUGUGGGUAUGUGUUGGUCAAAGAGUGGUUGUGUGGAAAAUGGAUGAGAACAAGGUGAGAAUCUCAUUUUUUUUUUUUUUUUUUUCUAAUGCAAAAUCUAUUUUUGCACUCAGUAUUCAUCCAUCUUUAAAAGCACACAUUUCAUGUAAGGGAAUUUCAUGUCAAAAUGCAUCAAACUCAUUAUUUAGGCUUAUAUGCAGUGCCUCUAUUCACUCUUCCACUUGGAUUUUUCCUGCUUUGACUGACAUGUUCAAGGAUCAUGGACAAGACCUGAGUGGGAAGGCGGUGGAAAGUCAAGAACUUGUUUUGCUUCACUUUAACAUGACAGUCUUUCCUUUGAUCACAUCAGCAAACUUCAUUAAUCAACUGUGAUUCAUAGUUGAAUAAGCAAAAAAGAAGUCCAAGGGGUUGAAUAUGUUCUAUGGGCAACCUACCCCUGUAUGUUAAAUUAUAAUGUUGUAUUAACUUUGGUAGUUUACUACUUUUUUCCAGGUAUGGUUUCCUGUGUUAUUUUUGUCAUUUUGGUUUUGUAUGAAUUUAAUUUAAUUCAUGAAUUUACAUACAUUU